GAGACGCACUCUGACUCUUCGUGGCCUUCCAGUGUAUCAGCGUGAGGAGUCUCUUGAGUUCUUCAAGACCUGCAAUUUUCAUCCCAUCCAUUACAUCCUCUCAGUCAAGGUCCCUACGUGACCCCCUUGCCAGUCAUUGGAUCAUCUGUUUUAGGGAGCAGCAAACAUCCGAGGCCAUCUGAACCUUUCCUGUGGAGUAGAGCCAACGACCGCAUGACUUAAUAAAUGGUGACAAACAUAAGCCAGAGCUCACAUCAGCAACAUUACCAGGACUCCUCUCGGCGAAAAGGAAUUGGGUGGGAGUUGGAGCUGAGUUUGGCUUUUACCACCAGUGUGGAGUUGAAGCCGUCCCUGUGCCUCGCAUAUACUCUGCAUAUCACAAGAUUUGGUCUCUCCUCUCUCUUUUCUGGAGCUGCUGUAGGACUGGCUAUGGCCACCACUACUUCCGGGAUCCGUCAUUUCAUUCGCCCACCGCUCAGCGCUGCGAACUGACUCUGUUUCUAUAAGCAAGCUAGCAGCCAACCUGCCAACACUCGCUGACACUCACUCAUCUCAGUCUCGCCAGAUAGACGAAAUACCUACGGGGGAAAGAAAGGAAAGAUCUGAAUCGCAAUCUCUUAAUUUCUACUGCUUUUUUUCUUUUUUUUCUUUUUUUACAGUGAUAAUAAAACAAGAUAGCGAUCUGGAGGCAUUAAAGGAGACGCGGACUUGCGGGAUGAAAACGGACUAAAAAGAUUCGUCCUUCUCUUGAACAUCAUCACCAACCGUCAUUCAUUCAUUACCUUGACAACCUCUGGCUUUGAUUGACAGCUGGAGUGGCAAAAAGCCAUGAGACACGACAGUUUAGUUACAUGCAGGUUGUUGAUGGGCCGAUUGUAACCUUCACUUUGGCGCAUUUUUUUAUUUUUUUUUUCCGAGGAAAGAGGGAAAACAAGAAAAAUUGCAAAACUCCCUGAUGCUACGAUUUCAACUUAACCACACUGGCGAAUAGGAGAAUUCGCAAAGUUGGUUGAAAAGGGAAUCUUGCCACUAAAUCACUUUCUAACCGGGACUGGGAUAUUAAAUAUACGACAGAUUCAGGAGUUUAUUGGAGCGCAGCCUGAUGGCGCAAAGGCCUCCGCGACAGUCGUGAAGCAGUUUCACAGGAGACUCCAAACUAAUUCUCUCUUUUCACCCACCAAACUCUCAUACCGGGAUCACCAAAGUUAUAAUGUUUUUGUACGAUGAGCUGGCCCAUUACGGUGGGAUGGACGGAGUCCCGGCGUCGAUGUACGGGGACCCGCAUGGUCCCCGGCCGCUUCCCCAGGUCCACCACCUGAACCACGGACCGCCGCUGCACGCCAGCCAGCACUACGGAGCACACGCUCCUCACCCAAACGUUAUGCCCACCAGUAUGGGCUCUGCUGUCAACGACGUUUUAAAGAGGGAUAAAGAUCAAAUUUAUGGUCACCCUUUAUUCCCACUGCUCGCACUGGUUUUUGAGAAGUGCGAGUUGGCGACGUGUACUCCGAGGGAGCCCGGCGUAGCAGGCGGCGAUGUCUGCUCCUCAGACUCCUUCAAUGAGGACAUUGCAGUCUUUGCCAAACAGGUCCGAGCAGAAAAACCUUUAUUUUCAUCAAAUCCAGAGUUGGACAAUUUGAUGAUACAAGCCAUACAAGUAUUACGGUUUCACCUCUUGGAAUUAGAAAAGGUGCAUGAGCUCUGCGACAAUUUUUGCCACCGGUACAUCAGUUGUUUGAAAGGAAAAAUGCCAAUAGAUCUAGUUAUUGACGAACGGGAUGGCAGCUCAAAAUCAGACCACGAAGAACUCUCGGGAUCGUCGACUAACCUUGCAGAUCAUAACCCAGCUUCCUGGAGAGACCAUGAUGACGCCACUUCCACACACUCAGCCGGCACACCGGGGCCCUCCAGCGGGGGACACGCUUCACAGAGCGGUGACAACAGCAGUGAACAAGGAGAUGGCUUAGACAACAGUGUUGCAUCGCCUGGCACAGGGGACGAUGAUGAUCCAGACAAGGAUAAGAAGAGGCAGAAAAAGCGUGGCAUUUUCCCCAAGGUGGCCACUAACAUCAUGAGGGCGUGGCUGUUCCAGCAUCUCACGCACCCAUACCCUUCUGAAGAGCAGAAGAAGCAGCUAGCCCAAGAUACAGGCCUAACCAUCUUACAAGUAAACAACUGGUUCAUUAACGCCAGGAGAAGAAUAGUACAGCCCAUGAUUGACCAGUCAAAUCGAGCAGGUUUUCUUCUUGAUCCUUCAGUGAGCCAAGGAGCAGCGUACAGUCCAGAGGGCCAGCCAAUGGGCAGCUUUGUGCUGGAUGGUCAGCAACACAUGGGGAUCCGACCAGCUGGUCUGCCAGGCAUGCCAGGGGAAUACGUACCUCAGAGCGGUCCUAUGGGCAUGAGCAUGGCCCCAACUACUUACACCAACCCUCAUCAGAUGACCUCUCAUCCUUCCCAUCUCCGACACGGACCCCCUCUCCACGCGUACCUUCCCGAUCACCACCACGCCCACCACCCUCACCACCCUCACCACGCCAUGCUGAUGCACGGAGGACCCUCGUCGCACCCAGGAAUGACCAUGUCUGCACAGAGAACCCCCUUGCUCACUCCUAUUGACCCCAGUACUGGAGGACAAGGCCUGGACAUCCAUGCCCAAUAGUAUAAGGGAACUUUGCUACCACGACAACAGCAGCUACUACAAGAAAACAGUUAAAAAGAAAGCAGCAGCCCACAAUAAAUCCUAUUUUGAGACUAUUUUUAACAAUAAAAAAUGAACCCUUUUGACCAGAAUUUGACACUAAAGAAACAGAAUUCCAGAUGAACUGUGAUAAUUCUUUUUUUUUUUUUUUUUUUUUUUUUUUAAACUUGUCAAUUUUGUUACUUUCAUCCAAACAGAGGACCAAGCUGACAAGAACACUUUGUAAAGUCUUGGGCUUUUGUUAAAGAUCAACAGAGGAUGUUUUGACAUACACGUGUGCGAAGAACGGACAGAUGCACACACUCCAAAACACACACUUUUCGCACACACACACACCAUCAUAAACAUCUUCAGUACACUUUCAUGUCACGCUUCUAAAAUAAAAUCACUCUGGAAGAUUUAAAAAAAAAAAGAAACAACAGAAAGACUCCAAGAGUUAUAACUACUGUAGUAUAAAAAGUAUAGAUAAAUAAGUUAAAACUUGUGCAUUUUUCGUUGAUCACAUGGUUUAUGUUUUCUGAGCUAGUUUUAGAAUUAAAGGUUAACCUUUUCUCUCUCACACUGUGUGUGCUCCUUCCUGGAGGAGAAACUGUCUCGCAGCACAGCACUAUAAAAGAAAAAAAAAAAAAUCAAAAAAAAAAAAACAAUAAGAAGAUGGAACAUCUCAAAAAGGCUCCAAACCACAGAGGGCAAUCAGGUCCUGUCCCCCAUAAGAACAGGGCAUGAUGGGAAAAGGCUGCUAAAUGACACCGGAUCUCUCCAGAAGAUUCAGUUUGAACAUUUGUCAUGCCCCUCUUUUUUUGGCUCAUGAAUGAAUGUUGCCCUGUAGGUUUUAAAGGAAAAAAAAUCUUUGUUUGAAUUGCCCAAGCACUGGAUUGUGUUGGUUUUAUACAUUUUUAUUUUAAUAUUAUUUUAUUUUUUUGUACCCUGGACUCUCAUUGGUAAGAGCCUAUUGAAGGAAGCUUAAUAGUGGAAAAGCAACAUCCUACACAGCUUCUUUAUCUGCGGAUCAACAUUCUUGCCAUAAGGACAAUACUGACACAAACGUUGAUUCUGUGGCACUGGAGAAGCAUUUGAUGGUUGAUGCACCAAAAAACCUAAAACUAAAAAAAAAAAAAAAAGAAAAAAAAUCUUAAAUUAUGAACUCAAUGCUUUUGGGGGAAAAAAAGCUGAGAGAAUAUUGUAACAAACUUCGUACAGAGUUCAGUCUAUUAAUUGUUUCAUGUUAGAUAUUCUAUGUGUUUACCUCAAUUGAAAAAGAAUGUUUUUGCUAGUUUCAGAUCUGCUGUGGCAUUGAUAUUGUAUGUCCAUGAAUUCCUUCCUUUUUCAGCACGUGUUCCUCACUAGAUGAUAAGAUGCCGUCUCCCUUAAGCUUUGUCAAAAAUACAUUAAAUACUUGUAUGAGGACUGUGACGUAAUGUUUAAAAGGUGUUCAGUCACAAAUGCUGUAAUAAAUAUUUCAUUUUUGAUUUUGUUAGA